CAUGUCUAUAAAUAUAAAUAUUCUUCUUCUUCUUCUUCUUCGUUUUAGCCAGAGCUUUUUGUUUUGAUUUUCAUGGCUUCCAAACCAAACCCAAAUAUUGGUUUUCCUCCUAUCAGUUAAAUUCGAAACUCAUCGUUUUUCAUACUCACGAAAUUGACUUGAUUCCUACGCAUCAUCCAAAACCCGUUCCCCUGAUUUCAGCUUAAUACCCUCAAUAUCAAUCUGAUCCCAGUUUGGGAAUUUCGGUUUCACCUUCAAAGUUUCAAUCUUUAAAGGUAAAGUUUGUUGGGGCUGGUUAGGUUCCGAUGGACACGAAUAAUUGGAGGCCUUCUCAAGGUGGAGAGCCUGCAAUGGAUGCAGGAGAUUGGAGGAGCCAAUUACAGCAGGAUUCGCGGCAGAGAAUCGUCAAUAAGAUAAUGGAUACAUUGAAGAGGCAUCUUCCCUUCUCCGGUCAAGAGGGAUUGCAUGAACUCAAGAAAAUUGCUGUUAGGUUUGAGGAAAAGAUUUAUACUGCUGCUACAAGCCAGUCGGAUUAUCUACGGAAAAUUUCUCUGAAAAUGCUCACUAUGGAGACCAAGUCUCAGAACCCAAUUGGCACUUCUGUUCAAAGCAACUCUGCUGGUAAUAGUAACAGGCCCCCUGAUCCAGGAUCUUUCAUGCAACCCCAAGUUCCCAAUCAAGGACAGUCACUCCCUAUGUCAGUGCCAGCCAAUCAAUCUCAACCACGCCAACAACUCUUAUCACAGAACAUUCAGAAUAACAUUCCGCCCAAUUCUGCUGGCUUAUCAUCUGCAUUAUCUCCUGCAUCUGGGCUUACCCAGACUCCUGUACCGAGUAUUGUUGGAAAUGCAAACUUGCAAAGUAUGUCGGGGACAUCACAGAAUUCGUUGGGGAACUCCAUAGGCCAGGGGGUAACUUCAAAUAUGUUUGCUAAUUCCCAAAGGCAAAUGCCAGGACGACAACAGGUAGUUCAGCAGCAGCAACAGCAGCAGCCCCAGAAUUCACAGCAGUAUAUGUACCAGCAACAGUUACAACAACAGCUCAUGAAGCCAAAAUUUCCGCAGCAGGGAAACAUCCAACUUGUGCAAAAUCAUAUGCAACAGCAACAACAGCAGCAGAACUUAUUACAACCACCUCAGUUGCAAUCUUCUCAGCAAUCUGUUAUGCAACCUCCUGCAGUGCAGUCGUCUCUCUCAGGUCUUCAGCAGAAUCAACAAUCUGCUAUGCAACACUCUUCACAAGCCAUGCUUCAGCAGCAUCCUCAAUCUGUUCUGCGGCAGCAACAGCAACAGCAACAGCAGCCUCAACAGUCUUCUGUUGUCCAUCAGCAGCAAACACCAAUCCCACAGCAGUCAAUAUUGCCCCCACAGCAGCAGCAGCAACAGCCACAGCUUAUGGUGCAACAGCCAAAUUCAACAAACUUGCCGCAGAAUCAGCUUAUUGGACAACAAAACAAUGUAGGGGACAUGCAGCAACAGCAACAGCAAAGGUUACUAAGCCAGCAGAAUAAUUUGUUAAACUUGCAACAGCAGCAGCAGCAGCAGCAACAACAACACCAAUUAAUGGCUCAGCAAAACAACCUCUCAAAUAUGCAUCAGCAACAGUUGGGCCCUCAGAGUAAUGUUACUGGAUUACAGCAACAGCAGCACCUUGGUACUCAAACUGGUAACUCAAGCAUGCAAACUAAUCAGCACUCUGCACACAUGCUGCAAUCCAAGGUUCAGCAACAACAUCAGAGUUCAGCAUUACCAAUUCAAGGACAUCAGUCCCAACCUCAGGCGUCACAGCAACAAUUAUUAUCACAGAUUCAAUCUCAGCCUGCACAGAUACAACAACAGAUGGGUAUGCAACAGCAAUCGAACCCGCUACAACGAGAUAUGCAGCAAAGGAUCCAAGCAUCAGGUCAGGUAUCAGGAUCCAUGCUUCAACCACCAAAUGUAAUGGAUCAGCAAAAGCAGUUAUAUCAAGCUCAAAGAGCCCUUCCUGAGACAUCAUCAACGUCUCUAGAUUCCACAGCCCAGACUGGACAUACAAAUGGUGCUGAUUGGCAAGAGGAGGUCUAUCAAAAGAUCAAAGUCAUGAAGGAUAUGUACUACCCCGAACUAAGUGAAAUGUACCAAAAAAUUGCUACUAAACUUCAUCAGCACGACUCCCUUCCACAACAGCCAAAGUCAGAUCAGCUUGAGAAGCUGAAGAUGUUUAAGACCAUGCUGGAGCGCCUGAUAACAGUCUUACAAAUUUCCAAAACUAACAUAUCACCUGGUUUGAAGGAGAAGUUGGGUUUAUACGAGAAGCAGAUAAUAAAUUUUAUUAAUACAAAUAGACCAAGGAAGCCUGUUUCUUCUCUGCCGCCAGGGCAGCUUCCCCCACCGCAUAUGCAGUCCAUGCAGCAGUCACAAUCCCAGAUUACUCAAGUGCAAUCUCAUGAAAAUCAGAUGAACCCACAAUUGCAAUCCCUGAACUUGCAAGGUUCUGUGACAACAAUGCAGCAGAACAAUAUGACGGGCAUGCAGCAAAAUUCUAUGUCUUCUUUAUCCGGGGUUUCAACAGCACAGCAAAACAUGAUGAAUCCAUUGCAGCCAAGUUCCAAUAUGGAUCCAGGACAAGGAACCGCACUGAACUCACUGCAGCAGGUCCCUGUGGGCUCUAUCCAACAGACUCCUGUCAGUGCUCCCCAACAAGCUAACAUGAAUGCCUUAUCAUCACAGAAUGGGAUUAACAUGCUGCAGAGCAACAUUAAUCCCCUUCAGUCAAAUUCUGGUAUGCUUCAUAGCCAACAUCUGAAACAGCAGGAACAGCAAUUGUAUCAGAAUCAACUCAAGCAACAACAAUUUCAACAACGACAGAUGCAGCAGCAGCAGUUGAUGCAGAAGCAGCAGAUAAUUCAACAACAACAGCAGCAACAGCAACAACAGCUACAACAGCAAGCAAAGCAGCAGCUGCCUGGACAGUUGCAGGCACACCAAAUGCCACAGCUUCACCAAAUCAGUGAUGUUAAUGAUGUGAAAAUAAGGCCGGGGAUGGGUGUUAAGCCAGGGGCCUUUCAGCAACAUAUGCCUGCAGGCCAGCGUGCUUAUCCUCAUUCGCAAUUAAAACCAGGAUCUCCAUAUCCUAUUACAUCAAGCAACCAACUCCUUCAGGCUCAAUCUCCUCAACUGUCACAGCAUUCUUCUCCACAAGUUGACCAGCCAUUGUUAGUCCCAAAAGCUCAAAAUGCUAGUUCACCAUUUGUCAUCCCAUCUCCUUCAACUCCCAUAGCUCCAUCACCUAUGCCAGGUGAUUCAGAGAAACCUUCCUCACUCACAAAUGCUGGGAAUGUUGGACAUCAACAAACAACUGCUGUCGGAGCUCAGGUCCAGUCCCUUGCCAUCGGCACCCCUGGGAUAUCAGCCUCUCCUUUGCUUGCUGAAUUUAUCGGUCCAGAUGGCACUCAUGCUAAUGCUUUGUCAGCUAUAUCUGGCAAGUCAAGUGUUACAGAGCAACCUCUUGAACGCUUGAUUAAAGCGGUCAAGUCAAUAUCACCAAAGGCAUUAAGUGCAUCUGUCAGUGACAUAGGCUCAGUAGUGAGUAUGAUUGAUAGGAUAGCAGGUUCAGCACCAGGUAAUGGAUCUAGAGCUGCAGUUGGUGAGGAUCUGGUUGCUAUGACAAAAUGUCGUCUACAGGCGAGAAACUUCAUCACUCAUGAUGGAACAACAAAUGGGACAAGGAAAAUGAGGCGAUACACUAGUGCCAUGCCCUUAAAUGUUGUGUCAUCAGGUGGCAGCAUGAAUGAUAGUUUCAAGCAGUUGACCUGUUCAGAGACAUCUGACCUGGAGUCAACUGCAACGUCUCGUAUCAAAAGGCCUAGGAUUGAGGCUAAUCAUGCUCUUAUGGAAGAAAUAAGAGAAAUAAAUCGGCGGCUUAUAGAUACAGUUGUUGAUAUCAGUGAUGAAGAUGUUGAUCCAAGUGCGGCUGCUGCUGAAGGGGGUGAAGGAACCAUCGUCAAGUGCUCUUUUGAUGCUGUGGCUCUCAGUCCCAACUUGAAAUCGCAGUAUGCUUCAGCACAAAUGUCUCCGAUUCAGCCAUUAAGACUGCUUGUUCCGACAAAUUAUCCCAACUGCUCUCCAAUACUGUUAGACAAGUUUCCGGUUGAAGUCAGUAAGGAGUAUGAAGAUCUUUCUGUGAAGGCAAAAUCAAGGUUUAGCAUCUCUUUACGAAGCAUUUCGCAGCCCAUGUCCCUUGGGGAGAUAGCAAGGGCUUGGGAUAAUUGUGCACGUACAGUUAUUUCUGAGCAUGCACAGCGAAGUGGUGGAGGCAGCUUCAGCUCAAAGUAUGGGACAUGGGAGAACUGCCUGAGUGCCGCUUGAUUGUCAUGCAGACGUAAACAAAGCUAUUUUCUAUGGGUGUAAUAACCCUUUUGCAUAUUUUAUACCCACCGUUGUGCCGUGAUGAUUGAAGCAGUUUUGGAUACCUGGUAGGCAGAUGCGGUGAUAGGAAGGAACUUGCAAUAUUUAUGUGUAAUUAAACUUUCCGAUGGGGGUUUUCUGUUGUGUUUGCCCCAGGUUAUACCUGGGUGAUAUAGUUGAUACUGUAAAUAAUGUCGAGUGUCUUCGAGAAUGAAGAUGCGGUAUUCUGCUGUCUGUCUGUAACAAAACUGUGCUCCAGUCUUUCCCAAGCAAGGUUGUUCUAUAGCUUUCGAUUUGCUUA